AAGAUACUGCCCUUUUUUCUGGGACAAAUCUCAAAUUCUUUUUUCUUUCUAUAUUAGACUGUCUCAAGUCAAUUAAUUUUACUAAUUUUAGUGACUUGAGGAAGGCAGUGUUACUCUCGUUGACACCAAUAAAUUGUUAAUCCAAAAAUUUUACUACCAUUAACUUUUUACUGUAUUUACUAAUUUAAUAUUGUUUCAUUUUCUUUUUAGUAUUCUACCAUUCAAAUUUUCCUAAUUUAGUAAGAACAGUUUUUAGCUUUCAAUAUCAUCAAUCAUAAAUAAAGUUGUUUUUAAAAUGUGAAAGAGAAAAUACCGAACACAUUUGUUUCUCAUUAUGGCUACAAUGCUUGCUAAACACAUAAUUUUUCCUUUGUCGUUGUUCUUAUUCGUGCUUCAUGAGUUUCCAGUCGCAAACGCGAUGCUUGUUAAAGACAUGCAUGCAUUUUGCAAGGAAACAAAUGAUGUGAACUUCUGCUUGAAAUACAUUGGUACAGACAAGCGUAUAUUAGCAGCACGCGACCUCAACGACGUUCUUUUAAUCGCGUUUUCUCAGUGCAAAAUCCAAGUGACCAACGCAGCCAAACAAAUCAACAAAGUCCGCCAAAAGUUUAGUGGUCCAAUUGGAAAAGAACGGAUCAACUUUUGUGAGAGAAACUACGGUUUAGCGUCCACUAUGUUCCAAGAAGCUUAUGAAAUGGGACAACAAAAAAUGCUCGCAUACAGAGCUCACUUAACUGCGCAGGUUGGCUUGGACUAUGUGCGCGAUUGCGAAGACGAAUGGAAAAAGAAUGGUCCAAUACAAAAGUCUCCUGUCACUUUCUAUAACACAAAUGUUGUAAAACUAUUUUCUAUUAUUCGUCUUAUUAUUAGCAAGCUUAAGCAUUAGUUGUACCAGAAUUAACCAAAACUUUCAUUUAGUUCAACUUUGAUUAGUUAUAUAUGUGUGGAAUAAAUAAGUCUUGUUUC